AUGAAGACUCUAGAGAUGAAGACAUUUACCUGGUCCUUUGAUCAUGUUGAGAAGGCGAAAUCUGCAGUUGCUUUCCUUCAGGACCUCAACCUAUCAUCAUUUGAUCUUGUUAUCACUAUUGAUGAGGUAGACAGUCCUUCCUGGGUUCACAAUUUUGAUAUUUACAACUACAUCGAGAAUGCCCCGUGUAAAGUCCAUGACAUCUUCCCCAUUCAUCCGGAAAAUCGGACUAUGUCAACCAAAAAUCGGUUCAUUGAUUGCUGUACCAAGCUCGGGGAAGAGCUGUAUCUCCAUCCCUCAUUGGAAGCUCUCCAUACCUGCGACGAUUUUGCUCGUCCGAGCGCUCUACAAACCGCAUCGAGGUGCCAUGAUUGUGCGGAAGGAAUGGACUAUGACGACCAAUCCCCACCUCCGGAGUCCAUAGCUUCCUAUCCAUUCGACAGCUCUGAUGCCACCUCCGACAUCGUCCUCUUGUCCUCGGACAAAAUCCACUUCUACUGCCACAAAGUCAUCCUCUCCCUCUCCUCCCCAUACUUUAAAGAAAAGUUCACUAUACCCACAGGGUACGUUGAUGCGGCUCCCAUCCUAUUCAUGAGCGAAGACAGCAAAGUCCUCGACAAAAUCCUUCGCUUCUGCUACCCCGCCGUCGACCCCAGGUUCGAGAGCCUCUCCGAGUUUUAUCAGGUCAUCACAGUUAUGGUCGAUAAGUUCUCCAUGCGUGAUGUUGCCAGACGGGCUCGAGGCGAAUUGCGUAGGUAUGCGAGUUCUGAGCCUCUGCGCGUCUUCGCUAUCGCAUACGCUAUGCAAUGGAAUGAAGAGGCGGCAGAGGCAGCUGGGUGCGUACUCAACCGGCCCUUGUUGGCUCUCGACGAUCAGGAUAUCCCCGAGCUCGAUAUUCUCCCCUCACCUCGUGUCCUCUAUCGUUUGUUCAAAACAUACCGGACGCGACUUGACGCCGUGGGUCAGGCAGCGAGUAGAUGCGAUGAUGAUGCUAUACUUGGCGUGCUCAACGGGGUUGUGUGUCCUGAUCAUGACUCGAUUCCUGAUCCUGAGGGCGCACCUACGAAAACGUGGUUCGUGAGGUACUGUACGUCAGUUCAGGAAACGUUGAGCCACGAGCCUUCGUUAGAGACGCUAUUUACCUGCGACGAACGGGCUAGGCCGCUUGCCGAGCGUACGGCUUCCUCGUGUAUGCAUUGCUCGCAGCUCGACCUAGAGGGAUUGUUUCGGAAUUGUAUUCCUUAUAUUUACUUGGGCAAUAUCAAAAAGGCUCUGAAGAUGGUAUGGAUCCGUGAGCAUUUUCCACCGGACGAUGCCCUUUUCAAUAUGAUUCAUAUGACCGUCGAGAAACCCCUGAACAAUGAUUCUUCCUUGCGGUACAAACACCUUUGCUACUUACUAUCACAGAGUCUUAGAGACCGUCGUGAACUCUCCAGUAUGAUGCUUUCUUCAGACAUAAGCAAUCAUUACGAUUCGGUCGCCUCUCAUCCUUCUGAUGAUGCGCACUUUACAGCAUCCGACGUCAUCCUUGUUUCGUCAGACAGAGUCGCCUUCCACACCCACAAACCUAUCCUUUCGCUCGCCUCACCCUUCUUCAAGGAUAUGUUCACCUUGCCGCAGUCCGUUAUGACCACGAACAGGCCUGUCGUCAAUAUGGCCGAGGACAGUGAAAUGCUUGACAAGAUUCUCCGCUUCUGCUAUCCCACAGUCGAUCCGUCGUUCACGAGUCUGGCAGAGCUAUUCUGCGUCCUAACUAUCAUGGUCAAGAAAUAUCUGAUGGAUGACGUAGCUAAACGUGCACGUAACAUACUUCGCAAAUACGCUCAAGAGGAGCCCUUACGAGUUUUUCAGUAA